CCAGCCCAUGUCACGUGGCCGCACCUGUCCCCGUUUCCCCUCGCACAGGCGCUCGUCCCCUGUCCCCCGCGUGUGGGGGAGCUGCGGCCGCGGCGCGGUGCCGCCCGCCCGGGAGGCUGGUUAGUGCCGGGGAGCGGUGCCGUGCCGUGCCCGGCCGCGGCAUGGCGGAGAGCGGCGCCUGGCUGCUGGUACUGAGUUCCGUCUUCCUCUGCAACGCUCUCAAGAUCCUCUUGCCCUCCUGCUCCUCCAUCAUAUCCAGAUUGUUACAAAAGGAUGCAGAGCAGGAAUCCCAAAUGAGAGCUGAAAUUCAGAACAUGAAGCAAGAACUCUCAACCAUUAGUAUGAUGGAUGAGUUUGCUAGAUAUGCCCGUCUGGAAAGAAAGAUUAACAAAAUGACUGACAAGCUUAAAACUCAUGUGAAAGCACGAACUGCCCAAUUAGCCAAAAUAAAGUGGGUAAUAAAUAUUGUAUUCUACAUCUUACAAGCUGCCUUGAUGAUCUCUCUGAUUUGGAAGUACUAUUCUGAGCCAGUGACAGUGCUUCCAAGCAAAUGGCUUGCUCCGCUGGAGCGCUUGGUAGCCUUUCCUACGGGGGUAGCAGGUGGUGUUGGAAUUACAUGUUGGCUUGUGGUUUGUAAUAAAGUUGUAGCUAUCAUGCUACACCCUUUCAGCUGAAGGAGUCCCACUAAUCCAUGGAGUCCUCAACUACAUUUUCAUUACCACUUUUUUAAAUGAAUAAGAAAAAGUAGAAGGAACAGUUGUCUUUCAUGAAACUAGGUCUGAGAUCAUCUUUGUAACUUCAUUUGGAUAUCAGUCAGUCUUUUUGAUUUAUUUUAACUUCCCUGAGUUUGUUUCUCAGUUUAGUGGUCAGUUUUCAAAGAACAGCAUUGCUCUUUAUAGAACCUUAUUUUGUGUCUAUUUCAACUAGUAUGAACCAUGGCAGAACCAUAAGACUUUGUCAUGGCAUGCAUUCACCAAAAUCUGAAAGUGUAGCAUUUGUAUUUUUAAAUUGGAAAUGCAGUGGCAUUAGGAAUUCAUUUGGGAGCCUUGUUGUUUCUUGUAUAAUAUGGUAGUUUCAUCCAAAGGUGGGAUUGUAUUUGGUGACAAGUAGUACCAGAGGAUAGAGGCAGGUGGUUUGGUUGGCUUAGGGUAGACUGAAUUAGUUUCCUUCUUGGUAUUUUUUACAGUAGAAAUUAUGUAUUCUUUGGCUGUCUUAGAAAAUGCGUUAUUGAUACUACACGCAAAUCAACUUUUUAUCUCUUAAGAGACUCACUCAGUUGCCAAAUACAGGAUGGCUGGAUACUUUUUCCUCCCUGACUUUUAAGAUUCUUUGAAUACUUAAUUUUUUUCCUACUUUUACUGAUAACUGACCUUUCCUUCCUUGAUAUUUUUUCUGCUUCCCAAACUGAGUGAGAAUCACUGAAAUUAUUUCCAUCCAUGUUUUGGGAGGAAAGGUCUGGCCAACUUUCUCAAGCUCCAUGUGAAUAAAGAGGAAGCAGAAGGCAGUGCUGUUCCUUCAGAGGACUGAAUUUCUAAAGGCUUUAGCAAAUGUUAAUGACGGUCCAGAAUAGCCCGAAAAAGCUAUGUAAAUGUAAGAAGGCAAAUUAGCGAUUCAGAUGUCUAAAGUAUUAACAGAAUGGUAGCAAGCAGGAGGACAAGGGAAAACAAUUUUCUGUUUAGGAGUAAAUCCUUCUUGCUGUAUUUAGGUACAGGAAACAGCCAUGGUAUUUUGAAUUUAAAGGAGAACAGAAUUCUUCCUGGUACCGUGCCUGUGGAACAGUGACAAAGUUGCAUUAAUCUUCCAUGCCAUGGUGAUCUGUGACCCUGUUGUUGCUGCCCCGUAAGACAAAUGAGUGGGUGUAUAAAGUUCUUGUUCCACACCUCGUUUUUUCUUUGACAUGAACCUGAACAAAGCUGACAGGAACACCUUUCCCUCUCUGCAGGGCUUUGGCGAUUCUGCUUCAGCUUCCCUCUCUGUUCAGUGGAAUGUGUCUGCUGUGUUGUUUCAGGUCCUUUGCCUUCCUGCAGGAAGAAAGGUGCUAGGGCCCCUCCAUAAUUAGCACUGCGUUUAGAAAUCAGUUCAAAAGGUCAUGAUACAUUGUGUGGAUAUAUGCCUGAAAUAUUUUUUAAUGUUAAAUUUUUCAAAAAAAUGUUUAUAUUAGGGAUUACAUUUAGCCAACAUGGAAAUAGAUGCAGUAAAUAUCAUCAAGAAAAAAAUGUGUUUGAAUGUUAUGUAUAAUUGUUUUUUUAUUAAAAAAAUAAAAGUUUUUCAACCCA